UGUCCGUUUGUGUAUUAGCGAUUCCGAUGUGUGGGUUUGUAAGCGUACCUCCGGUGAUAUCGCAAACUUACAAAGCAACCUCUAUCAACCGAAUACCUUGGAGACACAGAAACUUUGUUGUUACGUUGAACAAGUUAAGAUUACCCCCAAGGUUCGAGUACUUACGACAAGCUCGUUGUACUGUGACGACGGAAAGGCCCAGCUUGAAAAGAGAGAUUACCAGAGAGCCUUCAUCAUAUUCGAAUGAGAAUACUUUGGACUCGUUUCUUGCAGAAAAGGGUUAUAAAGUAGAAGAUAGUGUUAUUUUAUUUGAUGGAGAGUGCAACCUUUGUAACGGGUCUGUCAACUUUGUGCUUGACCACGAUAAGGACGAAAUAUUCAAGUUUGCAGCAUUACAGAGUCCCGUGGGAGUAGCCUUGUUGCAAAAAUAUGAUGGUCCUAUGGAUAUGUCAUCACUAGUUCUUAUUGAAAAGGGUCGAUUGCUUCUCAAAUCGGAUGCAAUACUAAGAAUAGCAGAGUUAUUGGACAACCAGAUACUUUGUGUAUUAGCAGUGGCUACCCGAUGGGGGUUUCCAAGGUGGUUGAGAGAUUGGGUUUAUACGGAAAUCAUAUCCAAGUAUCGACGUCAGAUAUUUGGAGAGACGGACUCUUGUCGUUUGAUGGAGCCUGGUUGGGAACAUCGAUUCCUUUAAGAGAAGCAUAGUUUAGUUGCUUCUUCUGUUGUAUAUCAUUUUUGGAAUGAAGGAUAGCUGAAAACUUGACAAUUGUUGACGGCCGUCCUUCAUAUUCAAUUGCUUGUUUUGGAUGUCAUAAAGAAUAUUUGGAAUUGCGUUAUCCUUUAUCGUUGCUUUGUAAAUGAGAGAAACCAAUCCAAUACCUGGUCAAUAUGAUCCGAUGCCAUUU